AUGGCGGGAGUCUCACAGACCAUCGUCGCCGAUCCAAAGGUGACCGCGGAGGUCACUGCCAACGACGCUGCCGGAGACUCUCUAUCGGACUCGAUCAGACCACAAAAGCGACAGUGGUAUCGCACAACGUUGUUCAAUGCAUUUGUGAUUGGUGGUGUCGGCUUUACUGCUCCUGGAUUAUGGAAUGCCAUGAAUUCGUUGGGUGCAGGCGGUCAAGAGAGCCCAGAGCUUGUCAACGCCGCAAACGCCUUGGUCUUCGGACUCAUGGGCUUCCUGUGUCUAUUCGGUGGACCAAUCGCCAAUCGCAUUGGCUUGAAAUACACUUUGGUCCUCGGAGCUGUGGGCUAUCCGGUAUACUCAGCAGGUCUCUAUCUGAACAGCAAGAAUGGCACCGAGUGGCUCGUGUUGUUUGGUGCGGUGACCUGCGGUCUGUCUGCAGGCCUGUUCUGGGCAUCUGAGGGCGCCAUCGCACUGGGAUAUCCAGAACCAUCCAAACGUGGACGCUACAUGAACAUCUGGCUCUGGUUCCGAACCGCUGGCCCCCUAGUUGGAGGUGCGAUUGUGCUGGCCUUGAACCAUAACAUCUCCAAGAAGGGCCACGUUGAUGUUUCGACCUAUCUGGUCUUUGUGGCGUUGCAGUGCUUAUCCAUCCCCAUUGGCAUGCUUCUGACACCACCAUCUAAAGUGCAGAGGGCCGACGGAACCAAGGUGAUUGUCAAAGGCGAGAAGAGCUUCAAGGCAGAACUGCUAGCGUUAUGGAGAGUCUGCAAGCAGAAGAAGAUUCUGAUGCUCCUCCCCGUCUUCUGGGCUGCGUACUUCAACCAAUACUCCGGAAACUUCGAAGUAUACUACUUUGGCGUCCGCGCCCGCGCCCUCAUCGGCUUCGUCGGCAACUUCGCGACCCUCCUCUCCUCCCAAAUAAUGUCCAUGUGGCUGGACUGGUCACGCUUCACCGUCAAAACCCGCAUCACCGUCGGCUUCUACUACUGCGUAGCCGUGCACAUCGCCACCUGGGUCUACGCCUGGGUCAUCCAAGAAAAGUACACCCGCGAGCAACCCCUCUUCGACUGGAGCAGUCCCGGCUUCACCGAGGGCUUCUUCGUCAUCAUGCUCUGGUCCUUCUCGCAGCAGGCUUUGCAGAAUUGGAUGUACUACCUCCUGGCGACGAGCACGGAUAAUAUUUCUGAGUUGACGAGGUAUGCGGGUGUUCUGCGCGGACAGGAGAGUUUUGCCCAGGCGGUGUCGUAUGGGAUUAAUGUUAAGGAGUGGUAUGGGGGGAGGGUUCCGCUUGCUGUUAAUACUAUUUUGUUAGGUCUCGCUGUGGUCCCGACUUGGUAUGCGCAAAAGCACCAUGUGCCUAUUGAGGUGAAGCCGGAAGGGUCCGACGACGAAAGUCUAGAGUCGAGUCAUGAUCAAGAAGAGAAGGUGGCGACAAAAGUUUGA